AUGCCGCGAGCGUUCCUGGUCAAGAAGCCGGUGGUGGCCACGGCCAAGCGCAACUGGAGCGAGCUCCCGGACGAACAGCGGGCCGAGAUCUACGUGCCCAUCUGCCUGGGGGGCUGCCCCCUGCGCAGGGACCCCGAGCCGGCCGUGGCCGAAGCCCCCGCGUCCCCCCUGGACAUGACGCUGCCCCCCCGCGCCCCCCCCGGCCCCUUCCUGCACCCCAAGGGCAAGGUCCCGUCCGGCCCUUUGGGCGCUCCCCUCCCCCCGGGGCUGCCCCUGGCCGGGGGGGUCCCCGUGGGGGUCCCGGUGGCCGGGGGGGUCCCGGGGGGCUCCGAGCUCUUCUCGUGCCCCGUGUGCCAGAAGAGUUUCGGGUUCCAGCGGAUGCUGAACCGGCACCUCAAGUGCCACAGCGAGGUGAAGCGACACCGGUGCCCGUACUGCGGGAAGGGCUUCAACGACACCUUCGACCUCAAGCGCCACGUCCGCACCCACACCGGUGUGCGUCCCUACAAGUGCUCCCUGUGUGACAAGGCUUUCACGCAGCGCUGCUCGCUGGAGUCUCACCUGCGCAAGAUCCACGGCGUGGCGCAGCGUUACGGCUACAAGGAGCGCCGGGCCAAGCUCUACGUGUGCGAGGAGUGCGGCGGCACCGCCGACAGCCAGGACGCUCACCUGGCUCACCUGCGCCAGCGCCACCCCCACAGCCCCUUGCUGGCCAAGCUGGCCCGCAAAGCCGCGGCCACGCCCGCGCCACGCCCCGCCCCACCCCGCGCCGCCCCGCCCCCCUAG